CGCUGAGGGUUGUGCAGGAGGAACCCGGAGCAGUCAGGGCGGCAGUCCUGCUCGGUGCCCGCCACCCCGCGCACCGCCCGCACUAUGGCCGCCCCGCCGCAGCUGCGGACUCUGCUCCUUGCGAUCAACGCACUGUUGCGCAAGCGCCGCUACCACGCAGCGUUGUCCAUGCUUAAGGGCUUCCGGAACGGGGCUGUCUAUGGAGCCAAAAUCCGGGCCCCUCACGCACUGGUCAUGACCUUUCUCUUCCGGAGUGGCAGCCUCCGGGAGAAGCUGUGGGCUAUCCUGCAGGCCACGUACACCCACUCCCGGAACCUGGCCAGCUUUGUGUUCACUUACAAGGGACUCUGCGCCCUGCAGUCCCACCUCCAGGGCGAGACCUACCAGGUGCACUCAUUCGUGGCUGCCUUCCUUGGGGGCGUCCUGGUGUUUGGAAACAACAAUAACAUCAACAGCCAGAUCAACAUGUACCUGAUGUCACGCCUCCUGUUUGCCCUGUGCCGCCUGGGCGUGGGGAAGGGCUACAUCCCUGAGCCCAGGUGGGACCCGUUCCCGUUGUUCACCGGGCUACUGUGGGGGCUGGUGCUGUGGCUCUUCGAGUACCACCGGCCCACGCUGCAGCCCUCUCUGCAGUCCUCCAUGACCUACCUGUACGAGGACAGCAACGUGUGGCACGACCUCUCGGACUUCCUCAUCUACAGCAAGAGGCGCCCGUCCGAGUAACUUGGCCCCAAGGUGCUCAUGGAGGCUCCCGCACCCAAGUCACCUCCGGCGGGCUCAGCUCGAGAUUGGCUCCAUCAGCGAAUCAUCCCAGGGGAUCCGGCCUUUUCAAGACCCGGGGUCUCAGACUCUUUUAUUAGCCUGGGGUUCCAUUUGCCGAAGUGAAAGCACUGAUUUUCAGACCCCAUUAGGUACUCUUGAAUGGUGGAACGAGCCGCCAGUUCAGGCUGAGGAGCCUUGGGUGUGGUGACAGCUGUGCUGCUGACUCUGUGAGACCAGGGAAAGUCACACCCCACCCUGGGCCUCAGGGGUCAUCGCACUCAGAGGAGGGCACUGAAGUCUCUUUCUGGUGGGUAUGUUUUCCGACCGUUCUUCUGGAACAGAGGGCUCCUGGCUGGUGGGCAGUGGGUUGCAAAUGCGUUUUUAGAAAAUAUUCAGUUCCUCGUCUUAGGUGUUCUACUGGAGAAGCUCUAGCGUUUCCACUGUCCAAUAGAAACACGAUGUGAGUCAUAUACGUGAUUGAAAUUUUUUUAGUAGCCACAUUUUUUAAAAAGUGGAGGGAAUUCUCUGGCGGUCCAGUGGUUAGGACUCUGAGCUUUCACUGCUGAGGGCACGGGUUCAAUCCCUGGUUGGGGAACUAAGAUCCCACAAGUCGUGGGGUGUGGCCAAAAAAAAAAAAAAGGUGGGGAGGAAAGAAGCAGGUGAGAUUAACCUUAAUCAUAUCUUUUAACCCAGUAUUUCUAAAAUAUUAUCAUUUUAACAUGUAAUAAAUAUAAAAGUUACUGAGAUAUUUUACAUUCUUUUUUCUUGUAGUAAGUCAUCAAAAUCAG